ACCCGCCGCGGCUCGCCCGUACAGCCCAGCCUCGGCGCGGGCCGCAGCCACCCCAGGCGCGGGCCGCGGCCGUCGUCGCCGUGUAUGCGCCGAGCCCGCCGGGCGCGGAACCCAGGCGGAUCCAGGCUGGGCGUUCGUACGCACGGGCAGCCGCCGCCGCCGUGGUUCGAUACCCUCUAGCUCUGGGGAGGACGCGCUCGACUCGCUCCCUCCUCAUCAGCCUCAGAGCGCUCCUUGAGCUCCUCAGUGCCGGAGCAUCCUCCCCGGUGCUCAGCAUCCUCCUGUCAGCGCCGGAGCAUCCUGCUCAGGGCUCGGCGUUCUCUGAGCUCAGCAUCCUCCUCAGAGCUCAGCAUCCUCCUUCCGUUCCUCAGCAGCGCCCGGGCCCGGUCCCCACCCGCUCGCACCCCACCCGCGGGAAGGAGGCCUCGGGAAUGCAGGGGAGUGGCUGUGGGGGCGCGUCGCCGCUUGGCCAGCCCCUCUGCCCAAACACGGGCUGCUCCCCAUUGUAGAAGCUGCGCGGAGAGAAGGAGGACGGCGUGCUGCUCCCUGCGCGGGGCUGCAGGGAAUAAGCCCGGGCAUCCUUUUAGGGUGGGGCGGGGAGGGCCCUGGCUUUUGGGGAGUGGACCUGGAGCAGGGAAAGGACUCUGUAGCGGACUCGGUGAGAGACUAUGGGGAAGGACCAGGAGCUGCUGGAAGCUGCUCGUACUGGCAAUGUGGCUCUGGUGGAGAAACUCCUAUCUGGCAGGAAAGGAGGGAUCCUGGGUGGUGGAUCCGGACCUCUGCCCCUGUCUAAUCUGCUAAGCAUCUGGCGAGGUCCCAAUGUGAACUGCACAGACAGUUCGGGUUACACCGCUUUACACCACGCAGCCUUAAAUGGACAUAAGGACAUAGUUCUCAAACUGCUGCAGUACGAGGCAUCCACCAAUGUAGCAGACAACAAGGGUUACUUCCCCAUUCACCUGGCUGCCUGGAAAGGAGAUGUGGAGAUUGUGAAGAUUCUCAUCCAUCACGGACCUUCCCAUUCCCGAGUCAAUGAACAGUUGCAGAAAUGUAGCUUUUCCAAAUCAGGACGCAUUCAAGUAUUUUUAAAAGCGACAGAUAUGGGAAAUGCAGAGAACAGCAGCAGCAUUGAUAAUGAGACAGAAAAGGGGAGUGCUCUUCACGAAGCGGCUUUGUUUGGGAAGGUGGAUGUGGUGCGAGUUCUGUUAGAAACAGGAAUUGAUGCCAACAUAAAGGACAGUUUAGGUAGAACUGUCUUAGACAUUCUAAAGGAGCACCCGUCUCAGAAGUCUCUCCAGAUUGCAACGCUCUUGCAAGAUUAUUUGGAAGGCGCAGGAAGGUCAGCAGCAGUCCUGGAAGAGCACGCUCAGGAAGAUACAGCACAAGAGACACACCUUUCAUCUCCUGCGGAGUCUCCUCAAAAGACUAAAAGUGAAACGGUCACUGGAGAACUAUCAAAACUCCUGGAUGAGAUAAAACUCUGUCAAGAGAAGGAUUAUUCCUUUGAAGAUCUGUGCCAUACGAUCUCAGACCACUACUUAGAUAACUUGAGCAAGAUUUCAGAGGAAGAGCUGGGGAAAAAUGGAAGCCAGAGUGUAAGAACUUCAUCUACAAUAAAUUUGUCACCAGGAGAAGUGGAAGACGAAGAGGAGGAUCCAAACUCUUGUGGGCCCACAGGACUCUGGGAAGCACUAACUCCUUGUAACGGAUGUAGGAACCUUGGCUUUCCCAUGCUUGCACAGGAGUCUUAUCCGAAGAAGAGGAAUUACCCCAUGGAGAUCGAACCAUCUGCUUCUCUGGACACAUUCCCUUCGGAAAAUGAGAACUUCCUCUGUGAACUCGUGGACACAGCUGUUACAAAGAAGCCCUGCUCCUUAGAAAUCGCAAGGGCACCUUCUCCAAGAACUGAUAAUGCCUCUGAGGUAGCAAUUACUGCUCCAGGAACUAGUCACCAUAGAAACAGCUCUACAGGCCCAACACCUGACUGCUCACCUCCAUCCCCCGACACUGCCCUAAAAAAUAUCGUAAAAGUUAUCCGGCCUCAGCCAAAACAACGGACUUCUAUUGUGUCUUCUCUGGAUUUCCAGCGAAUGAAUCAUAACCAAGAAUACUUUGAAAUCAGCACAUCUACAGGGUGUACCAGCUUUACUUCCAGCCCUCCUGCUAGCCCACCCACCUCUUCUGUGGAAACCACAGAAGUCAAGAAUGAGGGAGCUGAACACGCAGAUGAUCUCUCUCAGCAGGAAGAUGACGAACCCCCAAAAGAGUAUGAUGCUGGGCAAUUCGCAGGCCUUCUCCAUGGAUCCUCUCCAGCCUGUGAGUCUCCUGAAAAUCCGUUUCAUCUGUAUGGGAAAAGAAAUACAUGUGAAGAUGGACCAGAUGAAGCCAGUUUGGCAAACAGUCCUUUGCCUUUCAAACAGACUCCAAUAGAAAACAACCCAGAGCCUUCGGUGAAGAAAGUUAAACCCAAAGUGGUCAGUAGAACAAUUUUCCACAAAAGAAACCACCAACUUGAGAACCAUACCAUCGUUGGCACAAGAAUGUCCAGGAGUGGAUCCCGCAAUGGUGACCAAUGGGGUGUGAAUCCAGGGGGCUUUGUGGAGAGAGCAUGUACUCUGGGAAGAAUAAGGUCAUUGCCUAAAGCCUUGAUCGACAUGCAUUUAUCCAAAAAUGUCUCCAAGUCUGAUUCUGAUCUUAUUGCCUACCCUUCCAAGGACAAAUCGAGAGUUAACUGGAGCAAAUCGUCAACUGCGGAGCGCAGUUCCAAAGAUAAUUCUGAAAGAACACCUUCCUUCACAUCUGAAUGGGAAGAAAUCGACAAAAUAAUGAAUUCGAUUGACGUUGGAAUCAACAGUGAACUUGAAGGGAUGAACGGACCCAGAUGCCCUGUCCAAACAGUGGGACAAUGGCUGGAAAGCAUUGGGCUACCUCAGUACGAGAACCACCUGAUGGCUAAUGGAUUUGACAGUGUACAGUUUAUGGGAAGCAAUGUUAUGGAAGAUCAGGAUUUGUUGGAAAUUGGAAUCCUUAACUCUGGCCACAGACAGAGAAUUCUACAAGCGAUCCAGCUCCUUCCAAAGAUGAGGCCCAUUGGCCAUGAUGGCUACCAUCCCACCUCUGUAGCCGAAUGGCUGGAUUCCAUUGAGCUGGGUGAUUACACCAAAGCCUUUCUCAUCAAUGGCUACACGUCCAUGGACCUGUUGAAAAAAAUCUGGGAGCUUGAACUUAUUAACGUUUUAAAAAUCAGUUUGAUUGGCCACAGGAAACGCAUUUUGGCAUCUUUGGGAGAUAGGCUGCACGACGACCCUCCACAGAAGCCCCCUCGGUCCAUCACCCUCAGGGAACCCAGUGGUAAUCACACUCCUCCUCAGUUGUCUCCAUCACUUAGCCAAAGCACUUACACCACUGGUGGCUCCCUAGACGUUCCUCACAUUAUCAUGCAGGGCGAUGCAAGGAGGAGAAGAAAUGAAAACUACUUUGAUGAUAUUCCCCGAUCAAAGCUGGAGAGGCAGAUGGCUCAGACAGGGGACUGGGGGGAACCUUCCAUCACCUUGCGACCUCCUAAUGAAGCCACAGCCUCAACUCCCGUCCAGUACUGGCAGCAUCACCCGGAAAAACUCAUCUUCCAGUCAUGUGACUACAAAGCCUUUUAUUUAGGUUCUAUGCUGAUAAAAGAGUUGAGGGGAACAGAAUCAACACAGGACGCUUGUGCAAAGAUGCGGGCUAACUGUCAGAAGUCUACAGAGCAAAUGAAGAAAGUCCCCACUAUCAUCCUUUCCGUCUCAUAUAAAGGAGUAAAAUUUAUUGAUGCGGCAAAUAAGAAUAUAAUCGCCGAACAUGAAAUUCGUAAUAUCUCCUGUGCUGCCCAGGACCCAGAAGACCUCUCAACAUUUGCCUAUAUCACAAAAGAUUUGAAGUCCAACCACCACUACUGUCACGUGUUUACUGCCUUUGAUGUGAAUUUAGCCUAUGAAAUCAUCCUGACGCUGGGACAGGCAUUUGAGGUCGCUUACCAGCUAGCCCUACAAGCAAGAAAAGGGGGCCAUUCCUCCACACUCCCAGAAAGCUUUGAGAACAAGCCCUCAAAACCCAUUCCAAAGCCCCGAGUUAGCAUUCGGAAGUCAGUGCAGAUCGACCCUUCUGAGCAAAAGACUCUGGCCAAUCUGCCGUGGAUUGUGGAGCCGGGGCAAGAAGCCAAGAGGGGCAUUAAUACCAAGUAUGAAACCACGAUUUUCUGAUACCCGCCGCCCCGUCCUCGCGGUGCCUUGCUCGCCCAGCAGUCCCCGCAGCAGGCUCUCCUUCGCGCCUCCGUGUCCACCCGCCCCGGGAGGAAGACUGCUCCAGCUCGCGUGGCCUCGUCACGGGCGGAAGGGCGACGGCCAUCCCUAGGGAGCCUUCUGCCAGCGAGACUUUGACGCCCCUUAGAGGCGCGAGGGGGGCUGCGCGGGGCGCCCCAACUCCGCUACCACCGCCUCCUCCGAGGUACUGCUCAACUGCCCCGUACUUGCUUUGCUUUAGUUGGGGGGAGAAUACCUUUUUAAAAGUGAAAGGGUGGGGAAAGGGAGGGUCUCCAGUACUGCCUGAAAAGUCUAAAGAGCUUGGGUUUAAGUUUUCACGGUCAGGUCAGCCGUUUUGAAGGGAAAGUCAGAACAGAACUUCCCCACCCACAAAGCACCUGUAAAGUCAUUGUAUCACUGAGUACAAUUCCAUGCAAAAAGACAAAGCAGCCCUCACCAGGAAGUUCUGCCCCCCCCAACACACUCGAUUUCUAUAUUUGUGGAUUUUAUAGUAAUCAACUAUGUCAGAUAAAGGAAACCUUUAUUGAAUGAUUCAAAAAAUUUAAAAAGUGAUUUAAAACAGAGGAAUUUAUUAUGCACAGAAAAAAAAUGUGUCUUGUAUUAAAUAUUUUUAUUAAAAAGAAUGUUUCAUUAAUGCAUUCAUAAGAAAACUAGGUUUGUUGUGCGGGAUGUUUCUGGUUUCGUUUCAAAUGACUACAUUCCUACUGCUACUUGCCCUGAGGUCCUGGCUCUGUCAGGGUGAAGCCCUGAUGCCCUCUGCCUCAGGAGCAGAACAGGCUAGUGCUUCGGGUGACUCAAAGUGCUGACUCAGCCGUAGCCUGCAUAAGUGGUUUAUUUGGGGUUGUUUUGUUUUGUUUUGUUUAGCCUUUGGGGUGUUUUAAAGAACACGUUUAACAAAAAAUAAAAAAAUAAUAAAAGCUAGGGCUCCUGCUGCCAAGAUUUCUGUCAAGGAAACCUUGUUUGAGAACGAUGUUAAUAAAAUUCUAUUGCAAAAUUCUUUUCUAGAAAAAAUAAAUAACACAAAAAAAGAAGAAAUUCCAAAGUAAUAAAAACUUUUCUUGAAACAGAUUAAAAAAAAAAAAUGUUUGCUUACUAUUUGAUUAAAUAAAUUUACUUACGUUUCUUUAAGGUAUUUUAAUUUUUUUAAUGUCUCUGUGGAGUAUUUGUAUGAUACCAUAAUGUAUAUUUCUGUAGAAACAAAUUAUAUAAACAGUAUCAAUAUCAUUAUAGAAAAAUAACAUUUUAAUGUAUAUUGUUCUAACCAAUCAUAUUGUGAAUCAUUUUGAAGUUCAUUAUAGCGAUAUUGAUAAAUUGUGAACUUGUCUUAAUGUUUUUUUUUUAAUUAACCAAUAUUAUUUUAAACCUGAGAUUCUCACAUUCACCAGUUGGUGAGUUUUGAAGAAAAACUAAAUUUCAUUUCAACUGACAAAUGUAUAUGGUUUGAGUUCAGUGUGGAAGAAUUUUAAUACAAUAUUAAAUUACUUGAACUGAAUAGUUCCUUGUAUAUAUUUUGCCUAUUCACUGUUGAUAUGUAUGUAGUAAACAGAGAAGAGAAUAACAUUCGAAUAUGGUACCAACGGAACUUGUACAGGAGCAAAGCAUCCAGGAGCUCUGCUGAAACACAAGCAGAUGUAUAUAUAAGCUUGGGCUUCCAGUUAUAAAUUUUGUAAUUUUUGUCAUUAUUUAUAUCCUAUAUUUAAAAAAAAAGCACACAAAAUAAAACAGAAGUUGUACAGUGGCUGGUGCCUGGCAUUGUUCUGUGACCAAAGGCCCAGCCCUCUCCUCAGAUAAAGAGACUUGUUUUCAAUUGGCAACAUCAGUGAGAAAAAAAAAAAAACAAAAUAACUUGCUCAUUUCCAAGUUCACAGUCUGAAAAAGAAACACUGACUUCCCAAAGCUUGAAUUUCAGCCAUAAGCCAAGAUGCCUUUGCAUUUUUAAAAGUGGCGUAUAAGGGGGGAAUUGGCAAGACAGACAUUUCUAAAACAGAGGGGACCACACACACACACACACACACACACACACACACACGCAAAAAAAAUAAAAAAUAAAAAACAGACUGCUUAUGUAGCAUAAAACAUAUAGCUUGCUUGGGAAAACAUCCCCUGCACAUCCUUAUACAUCCUCAAGUCCUUUCAUCUUUUUUCCCUAAAACGUGCACCUGCUAUAAAGUAGGUGAUGGGCUAGUCAGAGCUACACUGAUUCUGUGGUCGGCGACCACCAUGCUGCAGGUCCCUCAACCUCCAUCACCCAUUGCCCAAUCCAUGACUGCUACCCUUGAAAACCCAAAGCAGUCUUAGGGUGCUCUCUGCCUGUCAUUCAGAGGCCUGGGACUUUGAACCCAAAAGAGAUAAACCCAUGAAAGCUCGGUUGAAGUGGGCCCGGGGCCUGGGAUAUCUCAGGCAGGGGUUUUCCACUCUGACGCUUCCACUGGGCCAGUUUGUUCACUUUGCUUUUAUUUUCUCUGUUCAUCACAUGUGUGUUUGUAUUCAUAAUGAUUCCAGCAUGAAGUACGGAGCACACUCCAAUUAGGGAAAAUUAAAAGACACAAGACUAGCGUAGUGGUGAAACAUCUUCUUGUGCUGGCACCAGGUUGAAGAAGCAGGAAGAGCAAAGCCAGCCAUGUGGCAGAGUUAGGCCCCUCCAGAUGGGAGCGUACAACAGACAAUUGUGGUUCAUCUCAGAGAGAAAGGCAGGGGUAACUCUGAUCUCCCUCUCCAUUCUUCACCCAAAUCUAAGGUCGGGGCACAGGAUCAGCCCACGGCCAGAGCAAGGCAGAGAACGAAAGGGACACGCCAGAAGUAGAAAAGCCAGCUCAGGCACGGGACAUGGGAUUUAUAGCUGACUUUGUUUAAAGGGAAAGCCUGAUAUUUGACAAAUGCAGUAACCAGCGGUUGAGAGUGACAAGCCAUUAAAUGCUAAUAUUAAUCAAAGGAGAACUUAAAUGGCUCCCUUUACAGAAGGACUUCAAUUCAAUCGAUCCGUUUAAUUUUUUUUUCUUAUUAAAUGGUGUUCUGUAAUAAAUCUGGAUGAAUGGACCCUAUAAAAAUUCUGCUUGGCUUGUUAAUAAGUCAUGGAAGUGGUUUCUCUCACAUUGGACUGCUUGGGAAUGUCGCCAGCCUAUCUAAUGUUUGGAUGAGAUGGAACAGGCGUCUAAGCUUAAAGGGCGUGUGGCCACCUCCUCCAAAAUCAGUAAACAUUUACACUUGGACUCCAAGUAAAUGUUACUCCUAUUUCUAAAAUGAAUUGAAGAUUUGGGGGAGUAGUCUAGUUUCCAGUGAGCUAGAAUGUAAUGUCCACGUUCAGAAAUCUGUAUAGAAUAAAGCCUCUUUACUGACA